AUGAAAAUGAAAAAGAGAAUUUUGAAUAUUCUUUUGACAAUUGUUUUAACAGUGAUAGGAUUUCCAACUGACGAAGAAUUGCAGCAGGUAAGAAACAAACCUCUUUGUUUUUUAAAUUAAAAAAAAAUAAUUUCAGACUUUCCAACGUACAGAUAUAAAUCAAUUGAGAAGUGCGUUGACUGAUUUGCGACAAAGAUGGAAUACGAAACUUCAAGAAGCUCCAACUGCUGUGACGUGGCAAGCUGGAACAGGCCAACAAGUUCAGAAAUUUCCGAUUCGAGAGAAGAAAAGAGAUCGGAUAAAAGAUGAAGGAGACACUUUACAUCAAAUUAAUAAAAAAGCUGGGCUCAAUGAAUUACUGUAUCAAGGAGAUAUGGUAUUAACUACGUGAGUUUUUUUCUUAACAAACGAAAGUAUAAUUGAUUGAACAAAAUUCCAGUGAUCAAAUAACAACAAUUCUUGGAUCUCAAGAUGUUCGCUCAAAAAGGCAAGCAUAUCGAGAUCGAUAUUAUCCAUCAACAAUUUGGGGAACCGCUGUUUAUUAUUAUUAUGAUUCUACUGCCAGUGAGUUCCAUUCAAAAAGUUAUGAAAUAUUUCCGAAAUCAAAUAUUUUAGCUCCAAAAAUCAAGAAAGCUUUUGAAGCUGCGGUGGCUUUUUGGCAAAAUGUGACUUGCAUUAAUAUUUAUCAAAGUUCUACAGCAAUAAAUAGAAUUCGAGUUUUUCAAGGACAAGGUUGUUAUUCUUAUGUUGGAAAAGUUACCGGAGUACAAGAUUUGAGUCUUGGAAAAGGUUGUGAGGAAUUUGGAACAGCUGCACAUGAAUUGGGCCAUGCUUUGGGAUUUUUUCAUACUCAAUCGAGAUUUGAUCGCGAUAAUUAUAUCAAAAUUAAUUAUGCUAACAUUGAUGUGAGUUUUUUUAAUGUCUCUCGUCUUUCUCAAUUGCUAUUUUUCAGCAAUCCUACAUCGAACAAUUUGACAAAGAAACAAGUUCUACAAAUUACAAUUAUGGAAUGCCUUAUGAUUAUGGAUCAAUAAUGCAAUAUGGUGCAACUUCAGCGUCUGGAAAUGAUAAACCAACAAUGAUUGCAAAAGACACGGAAUAUCAAGAUACAAUGGGUUCAGAUUUUGUUGGAUUUUAUGAUAUUUCAAUGAUGAAUGAGCAUUAUAAAUGUAAAAGUAUUUGUGUGACUGGCUCUUCGGCAAAUUGUACAAAUGGAGGAUUUGCAAAUCCACGUAAUUGUCAAACAUGUAUUUGUCCCAGUGGAUAUGGCGGAGCAUUAUGUAAUGAAAAAGUCAGUUUAAAUUCUUGUUAUUUGUAUAAAAAAUAAAAAUCACCAAUUUCCAGCCAUCUGGUUGUGGUGAAGCUUUGACUGCUACUGGGGAAUGGCGAAAUUUUACAAAUACAAUUGGAGAUGGUCUACCAACACUUCGUGAUAAUCAUACACAGUGUUAUUAUUGGGUUUCGGCGCCCGAAGGACAAGUGAUUGAAAUUCGAAUUGCAACUCUGAAUGCUGUCACAAUCGAUGGAUGUAUUUUUGGAGGAAUUGAGAUCAAAACACAUAAAGAUCAAAAACUAACCGGAUAUCGAUAUUGUUCUUCAGCUGACCAAAAUACAACUCAUACAUCUAGUGGAAAUCUAGUUCCUAUAAUUCUAUUCAAUAGAUAUGCAACAACUCGAGCAGUUUUAGAAUAUCGAUAUGUUUCUGCAAGUUCCGUAGUUUCUACAACAACUCUUUCACCAGUUGUUAAUAGUUGUCAAGAUCUUCAUCCAAAGUGAGUUCAUUUUUUUUAGAAUUUCUGGUGACUUUUAUUCCGUUUUCUUGCAGCUGUCAAUUACUUUCCCGCUUUGGGUUCUGUAGAUUUCACCAUACUAGGAAACAUUGUAAAUUUUCAUGUGGACAGUGUCAUUUUACUAACAAUAACCAAAAUAAUAGCAACUAUUUUACUAACAGAAAUGGUUUCUUUUCGUAUUUCAAAUUUUUCUAAUCCAAAAUUGUUCCAGUUGUGCUGCAUUUGCAAUCAAUGGUUUUUGUUUCAAUAUUUUUUAUUCGAUCGAAGCUCGUCGAUAUUAUUGUGCACUAACUUGCAAUUUAUGCUGGACAUAUCUAACUUUUUAA